UGGUCACGCGCGGCCCCGCCCCUCUCCGACGGCGCUUCCGGCGCGGCGGCGGCGGCGGCAGGGAGCGGAGCCCCGCGCUGACCCCGCCGUGACCCCGGGCGUGACCCGGACGUGACCCCCGGCCCCGCGCAUGGAGGGGGAGGGGCCGCCCGCGCCCCCCGACGGCGCCGGGAGCGGCGCGGGCGCGGGAGCGGGUGCCGCCGCGGGCGCCGGGGUGCUCGUGUUCCUGGCGGACGGCGCGGCAGUGCCGCUGGCGCUGGAGCGGGCGCCGGGCGCGACGGCGGCCGAGCUGCUGGGCGCCUGCGCCGCGCCCUGCGCCUGCCGCCCGCCGCCGCCGCCGCCCUCGCGCUCUGGCUCGCCUCGCCCCUGCUCGAGGUGCAGCUCAAGCCCAAGCACCAGCCGCUGCGCCUGUGCCGGCAGUGGGCCGGAGCUGCUGCUGCGCUUCAGCGACGCCUCCGACAGCGCCAUCGCCCACGACGAGCCCUGCCUGCAGCUGCGCAGAACGUUUUCUUCCCUAAGAAAAAGGAGCUGGAGGUGAGAGCGGCCCGGACGCCUG